AUGCAGGAACGGCAAUACCUAGAUUAAAAUAAAAAGUCUAUUUCUUAAUGUGAUAAGCAAAUUCCAAUACAAGUCAUAGUUCCAACUAUAAUCGAACCCCCUGCUAAUGCAGCCAUACAUGCACAAACAGCUUGUGGAAUAACAGUAGCAAAGCAAGCAGAAACUGCAGUAGCUGACAAGCCAUAAUAUGAUGCCAAACUAGCCAUACAACUAACGCAAGAUCCUGGUCCUGAAUUUACCCUUCCAGCUAGCAAUAAAAGUAUUAAAAGAACUAAUGGGACUUAAACUUAUGAUUUAGUCAUAACUUUUAAGCAAAUUUUAUCCUAUCUAUUUAUUUAUUUUGAAAUCGCCUUAAUUGAUUAAGAUAUUAGAAAAUAGUUAUGA